UCUCUUCAAAUUUGAAUGCUUCUCUCUUAGAAUAAUAGUAUUUUCUUUGGGGGUGGUCUAACUUUGAACACAUUCAUAUGUAUGAAACCAAGGACCCUGAUCAUGACCCUGUACUUAUAUAACACAGCACACACACGAGACAUGAUAUAUCUAUGUGUGUCUGAUUCUCUAUAAAUAUAUUCAUAUUUAUAUUGUACAUACACGAACAAACCCAAUUGAAUUGAAGAAAAUAUUUCUCAUCAAAUUGUUCCAAACUUGAUCACCAAAAAGCACAAUUCACCUUACAAAAAACACAAAUUUUGGUUAAUUGCUAUAGAAGAGAUGGUGUUGGGGUGGAGGAGAAGGAAGGGCAGCAACAAAAACCGUCGCAAAGGUGGCAAAUCCAUCGCUGAGUUGGUGACUCCCAAUCACUUCAGAUGUCCAAUUUCUCUUGACUUGAUGAAGGAUCCUGUGACAUUGUCAACAGGGAUAACCUACGAUAGGGAGAGUGUGGAGAUGUGGUUUGAUGAAGGGAACAUCACAUGUCCUGUCACAAACCAGGUUGUGAGGAACUUUGACAUGAUUCCAAACCAUUCCCUUAGGGUAAUGAUUCAAGAUUGGUGUGUGGAGAAUAGGCAACAUGGGGUGGAGAGGAUUCCAACACCAAGGAUACCAAUUGGCUCAAUUGAGGUUGCUGAGCUUCUGAUGCUAGUGAAGGCCUCGUCAACGGAUUUGGACCAAUAUGGUUGCCUUGAAUUGGUGCAGAAACUGAAGAGGUGGGGUGGUGAGAGUGAGAGGAACAAGAGGUGCAUAGUGGACAAUGGAGCACCUGUGGCAUUGGCUUCAUCAUUUGAUGCAUUUGCCAAUGAUUCCAUUGAGAGGAAUGUGGUGCUUCUUGAGGAGAUUUUGUCAGCACUCAAUUGGAUGUUUCCACUUCAAUUGGAGGCACACAAGUCUUUGGGGUCUUUGGCUUCUCUAAGAUGCAUGGUUUGGUUCUUGAAGCACCAAGAUCUCUCAGGGAAAGAGAAGUCCAUUGUGGCAUUGAAAGAGCUUCUGAAAUUUGGUGAUGUGAAGCAUUUGGAGGCCUUGUCACAAAUUGAAGGGGUCAAUGAACUCUUGGUGGAGUUCAUCAACAAGAGGAUUAGUCCAACCAUCACAAAGGCCUCAUUGAGUGUGGUUUGGUACUUGGUUUCAUCCUCUUCCAAUUCAAGUGAUAAGAUGAGGUUGAAAUUUGUUGAAUUGGGUUUGGUUUCUUCUUUGCUUGACAUUCUCAUUGACUCAGACAAGAGCAUGUGUGAGAAGGCUGUGACCAUUUUGGACUCUCUAUGCAGCUCUGAAGAAGGAAGGAACAAGGCUUGUGGGAAUGAUCUAACAAUUCCUCUUUUGGUGAAGAAAAUUCUGAGAGUUUCACCUUUGACAACAGACUAUUCUGUUUCUGCGAUUUGGAAACUGUGCAAGUUUGGAGAAAAAGAUGAAGGGAGAACCCUUGUUGAGGCCCUUCAAGUUGGUGCCUUUCAGAAGCUCUUGUUGGUGUUGCAAGUUGGAUGUGGUGAUGAGACUAAGGAGAAAGCAACUGAACUUCUCAAAUUGCUCAAUCCUUACAGGGCUGAAUUGGAAUGCAUAGACUCAGAUUACAAGAAUGUUAAGAGAUCAUUUUAACUUUUUGGCUGCUUAAUUAUUAGUAUUUUUCUAUUAGAAGUAAUUUUGUGCUGUAAAUUUUUUUUGGCCCAACGAAUGGAUCUCUGCAAUCUUUGUCAUGGGAUUCAACGAAUGGAGCAUAUAGAAUUGUAUUCUUUUUUGUAUAUUACAGUAAGAGUACGAAUGACAUAUUGAUAUCUUCGUUUAUCACAUUAA